GCAUCUUCUUACAUUCAAACAAUCAACAAUUUGAUCAUGUCAUUAUCGACAAAAAGCUCUAAAUCGCCUCCUCCAUUACCUGACGAUCACGAAUCACCUCCCGGACCGAUGGGCUCGGCUAGUGGGGUGAACGACGAGGACGAGAGGAUCGGUGAGAUCGGAGAUGAUACAGACCAGUCGAAAGGUUCCGACUUGAACCCAUCAGCAGAGGAGCCCAGGUCAGCUCGGGACAAGGGAAAGGGCAAGGUUCAGAAUAGUUUGGGUGGUAGGAUUGAUGAGAAAGAGAAUAAAAAUACCAAUGAUGGGACAGAAGAGGAGGCAGAGGAUGAUGAAGAUGACGAUGACGACGACGAGGAUGGUGAAAGUGAUGAGCAAGAAGAGAGAGGCCACGAAGAAGAAGAAGACGGGGAUGAAGAGCAGAAAGGUGACGACGAGGAGCAACCCUGGCAAGCUGUAUGGUCUGCAGAACACAAUGCUUGGUAUUUCUGGAACUCUCAAAAUGGUCAAGUAACAUGGACGAACCCUUUAUCACCUCCUACUUCAAAUCCACCACUCCCAAACGAACCUCCUCCUCUACCCAACGAACCUCUCCCUUCAAACCCUCCCCUUCCACAUCCUUCUCUUGCCUAUCCAUCUCAGGCGGAAACUUCAACAGAAAAUAACCCUGCAGGACAAUCAGGUAUAGAUCCAGCUCUAGCAUACCUUCUCCCACCAGAACAAAGAGGAGCGGGAUUAUCACAAAAUGACGCUGCGGCUCAAAAAGGUUUAUUCAACGCUAGAACGGGUAGAUUCACAAAAGCGGAUUAUCAAUAUAAUGUCGAUCAUUUAGAUGAAUAUAAUAGAGCGAAGAGAAUGAGUAGUCAUUAUUUUGAUGUGGAAGCUUGGGAAAGACAAAAAUCUGAAGAACAUGAAAAGAGGAAAAGAGACGAGGACAUGGGAACGAGUAGUAAAAGGAAGAUUACCAAGAAGGAUAUGGAUCGGUUCAGGAAGAAGAAAGCGGAACAACGGGCUAGAUCGCAAGCAUGGUUACGGGAUUGA